AUGACCAUUCUCUACGGGUUGUACAAUGGGAUCAACCUAGAUUAUGGCUCGGCUCUCUGGCAACAGCUUAUUCAAAGCCUUGCCUCCUCAUCUCGUCAUACUGAAGUAUUCUAUGCCAGAUUUUGGACGCUCGUCACCAAAUGGGCAAUGGACAAGCUUCAUGUUCUAAUUGUAGCUGAUUCCCCCCUCUCCUCGAUCAGUGUCUUCCACACCACCAAGAUAAUUGUCACUGAUCCCACCAAGUUCUCUUUCAUUGGAUCCAUUCCGGAGUCUAUGUACGCCGGUGUGUCAAAGGCGAGCAUUAUCAUGAAGACCUACAAGGAAUUUCGUCCUUCGGGUCCAAGGGAGCCGACUGCAGAGAUGGUUCAAUCCAUCAAUGACGCAGAUAAACCACCUGCCAGGGGAAAGAAACCAGAUAAAGGGAAACUUAAGAAACAAGCUCAAGGGGCAAAGGGUCCUUCUCCUAAGAAGCGGAAACCCUCAAAGACAGAUCAAUCCCCCCCCCCCCCCCCCCCCCCACCGAAACGGAAGAAAACCCAGCCAAGGAGGAAACUAAUUCUCGCUUCUUCCUCAAGCGAUUCAGAGGCUGACAAGUCUGACUCAGAGGUAUCAGCUCGAGGUGAUACUCCUCCCUAUUCGCCUUCACAUGAGGUACCAGUUUCAUCCAAAUCUAUUUCUUCUCCUCCUACCACCAUACCUAAUUCCAUUCCCCCCAUAACCACCACUAUUUCCAUUCCCCCUAUAACCUCUUCUAUCCCUAUACCACCCCCAUCUAUUCCUAUACCACCACCCAUUUUCACUGAAGCCACCAAAACAACUAUCAGUGAGGUUCGAACCAACGUAUCUGAUACGGGGGAUCAAACUUCAACACCCGAAACCACCUUUACUACUGAGCCAUCUUCUACACCUGAACCUACCCCUACCACUGAACCUCCCACUUCACCCUUAUCUCCCACUCCCUCAGCAGAAACCGAGACAUUUUUGGGUGGGGAAAAUAUGACCUUUGAUUCCACAUACUACAACCCUUACCGGAUCCAAAGCGAUGAUGAUGAUGAUGCUCCUGUCACCAGAAAGCACAUCAAAGAACUUCAUGAGAAAAUUGACAAUCUCAUCGCUUCUUCCUCUUCCUCUCGGUCCCACGUGACAGAGGUUGCUAUUCAGAAAAUGGUGGAUGCCUUCACCAACAAACACGAAGCCUCCAUCACCUCUGCCACUGUUGCCAUUGAUGCAUCCUCAAAGGCAUGA